ACACCUUUGCCUCCCAUUGGACGAGACGUUGAGCCAGGCUGUUUUCCCCACCGUGUUUGAAACGAUGAAUGGGAACUAGGCUCAGGCGAAAGCUGGGAGACUUUCACACUUUUGGUUUGAAGGCUUCACACGAGACGCAAGGACGAAUAAUAGCCGGGCUCCUGAACAGAUCACACAGAUUCACAUGAAGAUAGUUGCAACAUGGAAGGUGAGGAGCUCUACUCAGACGUCCAGGGUGAAUUUCAGCCCUCCCCUUUAGGUUCAGGUGACAUGGAGGCUGUAGAGGCUCUGAUGUCCAUGACCAAGCACUGGAAGACCAGGAACUUCAGGACCAGACACUUCAGACCCUUGAGUCCGUCCUCAGACUACUCAGAGGAUGACUCUGCCCCCCUUGGGUCUUGUAUGCUACAGGGCUCUCCUUUGUGUAUGACACCGCCAUACAGUCCACCCAACUUUGAGGCCACACAUCCACCCUCAGCAGCGAAUUUAAACCGCCCUGCAGCAGCUAAGCCAAGCUUGCAGCAAACAGAAGAGACUCGUCUGCACACACACUCUGCUGCUUCUCAGCAACAGUUCCUGUGCACGAGUGUAAUCCGCCACACUUCAGAUGGCCAGCGCUGCUCCUAUAACGUCCAUCCUGUCUCAAGUGAAGACCUAUUCACUCGAGUUCAAACAAAAGACUGUAAAACAGAUUUGACCUCUGAGGAUGGGAUGAACGGAAGAGAUUCUGAGGGACAUAUUGUAAUGCACUCUGAUUCUUUCACUGUGUUAAAUGUGGUUGAAGCCAGCCAGACGCAGAUGCCUCUUUUGGACCCAGAGGAUAAAUCAAACUCAGCUGGUGGCUCCGGUGUCUCUCCUCUGCCUGUCUACUGCCAGAUUCUUCCCAUCUCUUCUCCUUAUGCCAAUGCCUCGGAGAGUCAGAAGCCAGACCUGCUACCUAUCCCAUCAGCACUCAGCACUGUGUGCACGCCACCACAACAGCAGCAGCACAAACAACAACUGGCACAACCACAAACCCAAGCAGCUUCUCCUGCCCAGGUCUUCCUCCUAGGGGGUCAGGUGGCAAAAGGUACCGUAAUGCUCUUUGUCCCUCAGCCGGCUGUUCCCACACUCUACGUCCAGCCAGCACUGAGGACCCCCGGUGGCACCAAGUUACCAGCCAUCGCCCCCGCGCCUGGUCGUGCCUUGGUGGAGCACAGACAAAGCCCAAAGCAGCCAGAAGUGUCCCGUGUACGCAGUCAUGUUUGUCCCCAUGAGGACUGCAACAAGACCUACUUCAAGAGCUCCCACCUCAAGGCCCACAUGAGGACACAUACAGGGGAGAAGCCCUUCAAAUGCAAGUGGGAGGGCUGUGAGAGGCGAUUCGCACGCUCUGACGAGCUGUCUCGCCACCGACGUACCCACACCGGCGAGAAAAGGUUUGCCUGUCCGAUGUGCCUCAGCCGCUUCAUGCGUAGCGACCACCUGGCCAAGCACGCCCGGCGACACCUAUCAGCGAGGACGGUGCCCUGCUGGACGUUAGGGGUCACCCAGUCUGCUGACCUCACCGCUUCUACAAUCUUUAACAAACUCUCUGUGAGGCAUCCUGAGUAAAAACUGUGAAACUGAAUAGUGAGGCUUUGUGUUAACAGUACACAGAGGAGUGUGCGCCAGACUUUUACACGUCACCAGUCAGCUCAUGAAAGUUGCACAACACUGCAGAACUGAACCCUAAAUUAAGUUGCAUGGAAGGAUCUUUGCUGCAGUUCCUUAAUUAUAGUUGAAUAUGAAAGAGGUAAUGAGACUGUUUCCAUUCAACUUCAAACUACUGUAAACUUAGAUUACAAUUACACUGAAAAUAUCAACUGGAGAAACUAUUCUGCUGGUAAUUUGAAUAACAUUUUUACAAAUGAAUGCUAAAUGUAUGUUCACUUUUCAGUGAUAUUUGACCAAAGAAUGUUCACUAUUGUUCUUCUGUGCCACAUGAGAGUCUAUCUGUUAUAUAACGAUUUUGCACAAUGCUGUUUUCUGGCAGGGAAAACAGAAUUCUUUAUUAAACUUGAACACAUGUAAUUCCUGUACAGAAA